AUGUACGCCUUUCUCCGUCUGGCUGUCCUCAGCCUCGCCGCCACGAGUGCCGUCGCCCAGUCGUCCUUCCUCGAGAGCUUCCCUUCGUCUUAUCUUGCAAGCGCUACCCCCACUCCUAACCCCAACGCCCCCGAGUCCUAUGAAGCCUGGGUGCAAACACUCCCUACAUGUUACCAGUCCUGUCAAAAACAGUACUUCGAAGAAGAAUUUGGGAGUUCCUGUGGCGCAGAUUCCUACAGCAGCUCCGCCUCUAAGGAUCUAAACUGCAUCUGCAAUGGCGUUGGGAGUACGAAGAGCAUUCAAGAUACUAUGAGCGGUGAAUCGAAAGGGGCCGCGUGCAUUAAGAGCUCAUGUGGGACUCAAACCAAGAGCCAAGAAAUCGCCGCUUUCGAGAAAGGGAAAGCCGUGCUUGAGAUGUGCAAACCGUUUAACAGUACGUUAUUUCUUAUGUCAGGCUAG